AGGUGGCUGGUGAGGCGUAUGUUCCACAACCAUACGCUCCUCAGGAUGAGGUACAACCACAAAUUUAUGCUGAGGAGUUCAUUUCCCUCAACGACCAAGGUAUCCUAUACAAUUUUGAGGACCAUGCGGCCAUUAAUCAGACAGUACAUCUCUGCUCUGACAACAUCGACAAUAUUGUGGCCCGAGGGUAUUUGUACGAGCAUGUGGGUACGAUCAAAGUUCACUGCCAGGAUUACGAUGAUUCACAUGCUCGGAUCAUGGUUACGGAAAUCCUGCAAGAGGACGCUGAAAUCCCAGUCCCAAUUGAAGAGUGCAGAUAUGUUAGGGACGUGUACCAGAUGUUCCUUCCUUGGCCUAAACACUUAAUUUUAACAACCGAGGUAACUUCUCAACUGAAAUUAAUUAUUAAUGAUUAGUGGAGUUUGAAUAUCUUCAAUAUUCAUCCGUAGUGAAGUAGGUUCUGCGAAUAUAUGUGCUGCGGUGGGAUGGAUGAACAAACUACUGUUAUAUAUGUGUUAUUUGUCGUUAUACAGCCAUGUUCAAAAUUUUUGGGGUCAUUCAAUUACAACCGUUAUGCUGCCGAAAUUUUGGUAGAAUUUAGAUAAAAUUUGAUAUAUAUAUAUAUAUUAUGUUCUGUUUUGUUUAGGGUCCACUCGCUCAACCGCCCUCAAGACGUGAUGCGUCAAAGGGGAAAGCUCCGAUGCUUUCUCCACAAGGCCGUGGUGCACGGGAAGAUGACUUGUUCACGGAAGAGAAGAUGGCGUUGAUCCCUAAUUCGCUAAAAUGGAUGAUUCAUGAAUUCCUAAGGCUCAAAGAUAAACGUGAUAUAAUCACAAUUCCUGUCCCCCGAGCAUUUAUUGCACCGCGUACCCAGAUCACGUUAUCUGGAGAGGAUUUGCAGCAGGUUGCUACGUGUGACUACAUCGGCAACCAGGGAAUGCUGUUUGGAAUGAUGCACAUAUGGGAGAGCAUCAACGGUCUGAGAAAAAUUUUCAAGUUUUACGACCCAGAGCUUCUCACAGUGCAUGGGAUCAACGAUGAAGAACAGAGUCAGUCUUUUGACAAUGCGGCAAGACGAUUGGCUAAUUGGUUAUCAUUAAUGAACAACAACCACCAAAUGUUCUUUAUUCCUUGGAAUAUCGGGUAAACUUUAUUAAAUUCUUUAGUGCUAAUUGUUCAUUUCUAUAUUAUGUCUUCAAAUUAUUUUUAUACUAUCUUACUUAUAUUCCAAUAUAAUUUUCUAGGAUGCAUUGGACGCUAGUGGUGGUUGCGCCAAGGAAAAUUAUCCAUUUAAACCCUGUAAAAGGCCGCCCAAUUCCCGAAGAAAUAGAACAAAUGAUCGGAAGGUAAUAAUUUAAUGACUUCUUAUGUAACGAAUUUAAAUUAACUAACGAAUUGACACUACAACAAUAUACACUUUAAGUGACUCCAUUUCAUGUCUUACACAUUAAGGGAAAGACAUUAAAAAUAAAAGAGAGCUUUUGAUGACUUAUGGUAGGGGAUACUAAAAAUUUUCAUUUAUAGCUAUUAUGGGAAGACAUUAAAAAUGAUAGGAGACACCUAAAAUAUAUUAUUGAAAAUAAAAAAAAAAUUAAAAGUUUA